AUGGCGCAAGAGCUGAAAGCCAAGGGCAACGAGCUCUUCAAGCAGGGCGAUUAUAUUGGCGCCGAAGAAUACUUCUCCCAAGCAAUCCUCAAAGACCCCCGUGACCCCACCUUCUUCACCAACCGCGCCAUCUCCCGGAUCAAGCUCGAGAAAUGGGCCGAGGUUGAACAGGAUGCCCGCGCCGCGCUGGCAAUCUACGGCACCAAGAAUCCGGCCUCCCUCAAGAGCUCCUACUAUCUUGCGACGGCGCUGUUAGGGCUUCAGCGGCCGCAGGAGGCGCACGAUGUCGCCGUCGAAGCAUACGAGCUAAGUCUCAGAGAGAAGAAUGCGCAAACGGAGAACCUGAUGCGGACGGGAAAGGAAACCGCACGGCUGCGAGAAUCAAAUGAGACGUUGAAGAGCGUCGAGCUUCUCAUCGAGGCAGACCUGGCGCGCUCGAUUGCUGAGCUCCAAGCACAACUGGACCGUGGGGAGAUCGGCCAAAUCGGAUUUAAUGAGGACCAGUCUGCUCUGAGGGCCGAUGCGGAGAAAAAGAUUCGGACUCUGAGGGAGGCAUUCGAGAUCUCGUCCAAGGGGGAGAUCAAGGAGCGGGUCGUGCCGGAUCAUCUCGUGGACGGCAUUACAUUCGAGGUCAUGUAUGAUCCUGUGAUUACACCGUCGGGUACCAGCUUCGAUCGCGUUGGCAUUGUCAAGUAUGUCGAAAAGGCCGGGGUGGACCCCAUCACCCGGGUUCCCAUGACCGUCAAGGACUUGCGCCCGAACUAUGCGCUCAAGGCUGCAUGUGCGGAGUUCCUGGAGAAGAACGGGUGGGCUGUAGAUUGGUGA